AAAGUUAACACUUUUGAGGGAUAAGUAUAAAUAUUCAGACGCUGAUGUAAAAAUGAUCAUUGAAAUACUACGAUUCGCUAAAGAUGAAAUGUCCGGCUAUAUGAGGAAGUCAGGAAGGCCUUACUUUGAGCACUGUAUAGGUAUGGCAGGUUGUCUGCUUGAUGUAGGGGCACCACUUGAACUUGCUUUAUCUGGAUUGGUCCACUCUGCUUAUGUAUUUGGGAAACAAGCGCAGGAUCUAACAAAUGCUGAUGAUAUCUGCGAAUUACGAAAAAGAGUAGUGGCAGAUGUUGGACUGGGGGUAGAAUACUAUUUAUGGAGUUACACAAUCUUUCCUCGCCCAAAUCUAGGUGACAGUGCAAUGUGGAUUGCAAGAGAAGGUAUAGAACGGGGACUACCCAAGACUACAAAAAUGUUUCCAAGGCUAAGAGGUUCUCUUUUGGGUCACCUUUGCAAUGAACUUGAUGAGUUUUACCACUUUGAUCAAAGGUUUGGACAAAAUCGUUAUAGAAGUCAAGCUUUCAGAGAAAAUGCAACUUAUGUCUUAAACAAACUGGGAUACCCUGAAUUAGCAGAAAAGCUGAACACUCUAUUUGCCAAACACAUCCAAUUGGACAAUCCUGCUUCAGAACCCGAGAAGCAAUAUAAAGAGACAGAGGGAAAACUUGCUAAAAAAUUAUUUGAGGUAUUCAAAUCAUCAUUUAAACAGCAUUACCAACCCAGUCCAAGAAAAUUUCAUCGAAUUGUGGACUUUGACAAAAUUGAUGAGCAUUAUAUAUUGGCACACUUUGAUGACCACUAUGGACAACUCGAGAACCUGUGCCCUGAUAUACCACUUUAUGAGCCUCCUGUGAAUGUUGAACCUUAA